CCCUUGGCAAGUCACUUGAACUUUCUGAAUUCUGUUUCCUCAUUUAUAAAAAGGGGAUUACAAUUCAUACAUUGCAUGAUUGUAUUGAGGUCUACAAGCAACUGGUGGAACAAGGAUCGAAAACCAGAUCUAGCUGGCCCCAAUUCUGUGCUCUUUCCAUUUUACUACAUGGCCUUCCAGGAGAAGGAGAAAGAGAAAGUAAUCAGAAGACCUGAGGCUACAUAAAGACAGCACCAUCUGUUCUCACAUUGUUUCACAACUUUAAAAGAUGGCUUCAGUGACUGAUAGUAAAACUGGAGUCAAAGAUGCUUCCGACCAGAAUUUUGACUACAUGUUCAAACUGCUCAUCAUCGGCAACAGCAGCGUUGGCAAAACCUCCUUCCUCUUCCGCUAUGCCGACGACACCUUCACUCCGGCCUUCGUCAGCACUGUGGGCAUUGACUUCAAGGUGAAGACUGUCUACCGCCAUGAGAAGCGAGUGAAGCUGCAGAUCUGGGACACAGCUGGACAAGAACGGUACCGGACCAUCACCACAGCCUAUUACCGUGGGGCUAUGGGCUUCAUUCUGAUGUAUGACAUUACCAAUGAGGAUUCCUUCAAUGCUGUCCAAGAUUGGGCUACUCAGAUCAAGACCUACUCCUGGGACAAUGCACAGGUUAUCCUGGUUGGGAACAAGUGUGACAUGGAGGAAGAAAGAGUUGUUCCCACUGAGAAGGGCCGGCUCCUUGCAGAGCAGCUUGGGUUUGACUUCUUUGAAGCCAGCGCCAAGGAGAACAUCAGUGUGAGGCAGGCCUUCGAGCGCCUGGUAGAUGCCAUUUGUGACAAGAUGUCUGAUUCGCUGGAUGCAGACCCCUCCAUGUUGGGCACCUCCAAGAACACCCGUCUCUCAGACACCCCACCGCUGCUGCAGCAGAACUGCUCAUGUUAGGCAAGGCCCACCAUCCUGAUCUCUCCUUCUUGUGACCCCACCCUUACUCUGCUUCCCCCAUUACACUCUGUCCACCCCUAGCCCCAAGCAAGCUGAGUUGCCUGCAGUGGAGGCAGAAGCAUGCCCCUUGAGUUCUCUGCAGGUGGUCCCACUAAUAGACACCCAGUCCUACACUAGCAGCCAAGUCACAGCAUGGGGAGGGAUUCACUUUACAAAAGAAGACUCCGUCUUUCAAAGGGAUUCACUUCAGGGACUUAGAAAGCGAGUCUCUUUUCUGCCUUUAAAGUAAGAUUUCCUCCAUUUACCAAAAUUUGACACACGCACGCUUUUCAGGGCCAGGCCAACUGGGUAAGUGCGGCCUGCCUGCACAGCGAAUCCUAUUAAAGAAAAUGUCCUCAUACACAACGUGCUUGUUUCAUAGCAGGCUCCCUGUGGGGCUUCUUCUCACUGCAAGCCAAGCUUUGACUCUCAAAGCCCUAUGCCUGUUACCACGGAUGCCCACAGGGCCUGGGCAGUUGCUGUGGUGACAGGCCAGAGCUAAUCUCCAGAGAGCUCAGACUCUCUAAUGAUGUUGAAGGAGCAAAGGCUGAGUCAGAAAUAUACUUAAAAGAAAGAUUAUUCCCUGCAAAAUGUCAAAGGUUCCUGCUAUAUAAAAGAGCAGGAGAGUGAGCUCAAGAAAGACAAAGAGAAAGAAAAGUGAAACACAGGCAAGAUAAAGAAACAGGUCAUGACUUUCUGAUUUUGCUGCUUUCCAGCUGGUUCUUAACUGUGGGAACUCCAUGGUCUUUGUGUUUUAGACUCCCAGAAUUUGAGAUAUUUAGAGUUACCUAGUCUGACGAGUCAAUUUCAAUCUUCACAUCUCUGAUAAGUGGCUGCCAGGCCUCAAAACCAAAUCUCUUUCUUAUUCUUUUUUUUUUUUUUAAGGAUGUUAUUUAUUUAUUUAUUUAUUUAGUUAGUUAGUUAGUUAGUUAGUUAGUUAUUUAGAAAGAGUGAGCAGUGGGGGACAGGGGGACAGAUGGAGAGGGAAAGAGAGAGACUCUCCAGCAGACUCCCUGCUGAGCACGGAGCCCAACCUGGGGCUCUAUCCCACAACCCUGAGAUCACGACCUGAGCCAAAAUCAAGAGUCAGAUGCUUAACUGACUGAGCCAACCCAGGCACACACCCACCCACCCCCAAUCUCCUUCUUCUAAAACAUACCUUCUAGGGCAGGGCUGGGAGCUCAUUGUCCAUACCUUUGGGAAGCUCUCAUAAUCGGAAAGUUUUCCUUGCUUUAAGCUGAAAUCUGUCCCCUGGAAAUUCUUCUUCCUCUUCUCACCCCAUUUAUCCCAGCUCUGCUGUCAGAGACCUCAAAGUCCAUGCUCUUUCUGCCCCUUGACACCCUCCAAUGAUUUGAGAACAGAAAUCAUGACCUCUGCCCUUUCUCUAAAUCAAGUAGUUCUGCCAUUCUUCAUAGUGUCUUCUGCCAUCCUGCCAUUUCCUCUAACCCAUCUUUCAGUCACUCCUAAGUAGUCCAACUAGGAAAUGUGAUUCAAAGAAGAAUAAAUCUAAGAGGGCAUGACCCUGACAAAAUUGGGAAAACUGAACUCAGAGGUCCCAAUACCAAACUCAUUCUCCUGGGAAUGAAAUCUUAGUUUCUACUAAAGAGUGGAUGUGAAACCACUCCUAGUGGAACUGCUUAAUCAAACACCUGAAGGGAAAUCUAAACCAAAAUCAAAAUCACAAAAAACCCUCUGACACCAGAAACAAACUGAAUGGAUUCUAGCUUGUUUGGACAUGGCAGAUGUUUUGUUUUUACCUGAAAUAAUGGCAUGGAACUAGCCAUGAUUCCUGGAAAUCUUUCCUUCCAGGCCUGACCCAAAUCCCCAGCUUCCCCCUGCACUAACAUGCCACCUCAGAUGUUGGUGGGGGAAGGGGGGAGGGUCUAUUCCAAGUUUUUUCUCCAUUUCAAAUGCAUCUCAUUAUUCUAGGAAAGUGCAUUAACUCACAUAGGUCCAAUGACAAUGUAAAAGGACCCUCCAAAGUCAACCCUAUGGAGAUGUUGCUUUCUUUGGUGGGGUGAACAGGAUAGAGCUUUGGACUUUGGAAUCAGGAGUCCUGGACUCUGCUCUUAAAUCAAGUGUGACUCUGGAUCAGUCACUCCAUUUCAAGUCUUGAUUUCCCACCUAUAAAAUGAGGGGGUUCUUUGGGUAAUCUUUAAGGUCACUUCUAGUGCUAAUAACUCUGUGACUCUUUUUUUUCACCUUCAUCAUUUCAGUUGAUCUGCAAAAUAACCUAAGAGAUGAGGACUAGCACCCCAAUGUCAUUGUAGCUAACACUGAUGUCCUGCUUACUCAGUACUAGGCAUUGUUCCAAGCACUUUACGUGUAUUAACUUAUCUCCUCAACAUCUUUGUGAGGGAGGCACUAUAAUCAACCUCAUUUAAAGAUGAGUAAACUAAGGUACGAAAAGAUUCUCUAGCUUGCCUAAGGUCACAUAAUGAGUAAAUAGUAGAGUUCAAACCCAGGCAGUAGGCUCCAAGGACUAUGCUCUUCACCACAUUCUAUACUCCAUUUUUAAUAAAUAAACUGUGACCCGAAAAGGUUAAGGACAUGGCCAAGAUGAUACAGCUAGCUAGUAUUAGAGGCAUGUUAGGAUCCAAUCCCAAGGCCAUCAGAUUCUAAAUCCACUGGAGAAAAGACUUAUGUCUCUUCUCUGUUAACAAAUCACUCAACUAUUCAAACUAAUCCGAGGUGAUGGAUGUCUCAUCCUUCUGGAAAGGAGUCAGUCUCUGAGGCAACCAGGUCCCAAGAGACUGAGUAAUAAUUGUCCAGUGUUUCUCAGGUUCAAGUCCCUGUGUCUGCCUUUGUCAGGCAAUUCUUACCUAGCUCUCAAGCAGUGCUUUAAGUAGCCUCCCUGCUCUAGCAAUGGGGCAUUUUGCAGGAGUGACUUGGUUAACUUCUUUGACCAUGGAAGAACGUGAUCCCUUUAUAGGCAAUGGUUCUAGAUGUGCUUUUUACACUGUCAAGUCAAUACAGGUCAGGCAUAAUUACUAUUUUUCUGGUCAGUAACACCCGAUCCACCCUAGUACUAGGAUUUCAGACUGAGCUCCUCAUGACAGAUAUCGAAUUAUCUUUUCUUUCAUAUUGGAUAUCUAGGCAAAGACUGAAAUUAUUACUUAAAAAUUGUUAAAUUCUUUAAACUCAGGAGCCAGUGUAAGAGAGCAAUUUUCUUCACAACAGAUAGAAUCAAGAGUUAAACGUAAUAGUGGCAAACUCUUGUACUGGGCAGCAGACAAGCAGAGCUGCUUGCUAGAUGGCAGUUCCCCAGCCCUGCUCUGUGACCUUGUUUCUGCUGCUUGGAAGGCAGGAGCUUCCAGCUGAUUACAGUGCAAUGUUCAUCGGUUACGGUAAUAGUGCAAUUAGCCACCAAAAUUCAAGCUGCAGAGUAUGUUAGUGGCAACUUGUCCCAGUUUUCAUCUCCCUUAACAAUCCAAAUAUUUAAAAACAAAAACAAAAACUCAACCUCAAAAGAGGCAAAAGUAGGCCAAAUGUGCAAUACAGUAUUGUAGCUAUUUACAGAGUUUGUUUUAAAUGUGUGUGUGUAUCUGUAAAUACAAAGUGAUUUGUGACAUUUUCUUGUCUCCUCAGUCUGUAGCAUUAAUUAACUUCUAGGAGCAGCAAUGGCGUAGAGUGUACUGAAUGGCCACACACUUGUCAGAUAUUGAUCAGGAAGGGAGCUUAGAGAAAAUCCUAUCCAGGCUCCUCAUUUUACAAAAAGGAAGGUUGAGGUCCAGGAAGAAAAAGGAAAUUUUGUAGAGCCACUCUCAAGUCUAUUAGUGAUGGAUUCAGGACUCAGUCUUGGGUCACCUCUACAUAGAAAUUUAUCUAUUUUGUAUCUACUGUGGUCCUGGUGUUGUUAAACACUAGACAAAUGUGUAUGAAAACAAAUGAUCCCUGCCUGCAAGGUACCUAUAGUCUAAUGAAGGUGCUGUUUCUAAUAUAUUAUCCCAAUUUGGCAGUCAAGGAAACAUAGCCUUGGAAAGUUAACAUGUUCAAGUCAGUCAGUAAUAUCAUUUGAAUUCAAUUCUGUCUGACUCAUGCUCAUUCCAUUUUUCUAUUCAGGUGGUCUCUAAGAUGAAGGGUAUAUGGAGUGGUGGUAGUGAGAGGCUCCAGUGGCCCCAUUGAUAUUGUUUAAUUAACUCUGAGAGUCCUUGGUGUCACAAUUACUUAGUGACUGCAGCCUUGUGAUGUCCACAGAAUGAUAUGAAUAUCCGCCAGACCUGACUUUCCCAUGCACAUCACCUGCUCCUGCUCCAAAGCUCUUUGCUUGGGUAUCAAGGUUCCUGGAGUGUAUUGAGGAAUGUUUGUUUGAAUUUGUUUGCCAAUGGUUUGGGGUAAGGAGAAGGAAUGACAAUAACCAGUGUCCUGGGAUCUCAU